ACAUGAAACUAUUCCUGGCCUUGGCAGGCCUCCUGGCCUCCCUGGCCCUGCUUCAGACUUCCAAUGGUGCCAGUCCAGCUCUUCUGGGGGAAGUGGAGAACUCAGUGGUGCUGAGCUGUAUGGAGGAAGCCAAGCAGCUAGUGGACAGAGCCUACAAGGAGCGGAGAGAAAGGAUCAAGCAGAGCCUCCGAAGUGGCUCCGUCAGCCCCAUGGAACUCCUGUCCUACUUCAAGCAGCCGGUGGCGGGCACCAGAACAGCUGUGAGGGCGGCUGACUAUCUGCAUGUGGCCCUAGACCUGCUGAAGAGGAAGCUGCAGCCCCUGUGGCCACGGCCUUUCAAUGUCACAGAUGUCUUGACACCCGCUCAGCUGAAUCUGUUGUCCGUGUCAAGUGGCUGCGCCUAUCAGGACGUGGGGGUGACAUGCCCACAGAACGACAAGUAUCGCACCAUCACUGGACACUGCAACAACAGACGCAGCCCCACACUGGGGGCCUCCAACCGGGCCUUUGCGCGCUGGCUGCCAGCAGAGUAUGAAGAUGGCGUCUCCAUGCCCUUCGGCUGGACGCCCGGGAUCAAUCGCAGUGGCUUCAGGGUGCCCCUGGCUCGCCAGGUCUCUAAUGAGAUCGUGCGCUUCCCCAACGAUCAGCUGACCAGGGACCAGGACCGCGCACUCAUCUUCAUGCAAUGGGGACAGUUUCUGGACCAUGACAUCACCUUGACUCCGGAGCCAGCUACCCGCUUCUCCUUCUUCACUGGCCUCAACUGUGAGACCAGCUGCCUGCAGCAGCCACCCUGCUUCCCCCUCAAGAUCCCACCCAAUGACCCUCGAAUCAAGAACCAAAAGGACUGCAUCCCGUUCUUCCGCUCCUGCCCGGCAUGCACCAACAGCAACAUCACCAUUCGCAAUCAGAUCAACGCCCUCACUUCCUUUGUGGAUGCCAGCGCGGUGUAUGGCAGCGAGGACCCCCUGGCCAGGAGGCUGCGCAACCUCACCAACCAGCUGGGGCUGCUGACCGUCAAUCCUCGCUUCCAAGACAACGGCAGGGCCCUGCUGCCCUUUGACAACCUGCAUGAUGACCCCUGCCUCCUCACCAACCGCUCCGCCCGCAUUCCUUGUUUUCUGGCAGGGGACAUGCGCUCCAGCGAGAUGCCGGGGCUCACCUCCAUGCACACCCUCUUCGUUCGAGAACAUAACCGGCUGGCCACACAGCUCAAGAGCCUGAAUCCUCGAUGGAAUGGGGAGAAGCUCUACCAGGAGUCACGGAAGAUUGUGGGGGCCAUGGUCCAGAUCAUCACAUACCGGGACUACCUGCCCUUGGUGUUGGGGCCCGCCGCCAUGAAGAAGUACCUACCCCAGUACCGAUGCUACAACGACUCAGUAGACCCUCGCAUCGCCAAUGUCUUCACCAACGCUUUCCGUUACGGCCACACCCUCAUCCAGCCCUUCUUGUUCCGCCUGGACAAUCAGUACCGGCCCACAGGGCCCAACCCCCGUGUCCCACUCAGCAAGGUCUUUUUUGCCAGCUGGAGAGUCGUGCUGGAAGGUGGCAUCGACCCCAUUCUCCGAGGCCUCAUGGCUACGCCUGCCAAACUGAAUCGCCAGAACCAAAUUGUGGUGGAUGAGAUCCGGGAGCGACUCUUUGAGCAAGUCAUGAGGAUAGGGCUGGACUUGCCUGCUCUUAACAUGCAGCGCAGCCGGGAUCAUGGCCUCCCUGGAUACAAUGCCUGGAGACGCUUCUGUGGGCUUCCACAGCCCAGCACAGUGGGUGAGCUCGGCACGGUGCUGAAGAACCUGGAGCUGGCACGGAAGCUGAUGGCACAGUAUGGCACGCCCAACAACAUUGACAUCUGGAUGGGCGGUGUGUCCGAGCCCCUGGAGCCCAAUGGCCGCGUAGGCCAGCUCCUUGCCUGCCUCAUUGGCACUCAGUUUAGGAAGCUACGUGAUGGUGAUCGGUUUUGGUGGGAGAACCCAGGCGUGUUCAGUAAACAGCAGAGACAGGCCUUGGCCAGCAUCUCCUUGCCCCGUAUCAUCUGUGACAACACUGGCAUCACCAUGGUGUCCAAGAACAACAUCUUCAUGUCCAACUCGUACCCCCGAGACUUUGUCAGCUGUAACACCCUUCCUAAACUGAACCUGGCUUCCUGGAAGGAGACCUAGAGGCUGGGUAAGGGUAUGGCACAUGGAAGGGUAUACCUGGUUGACUAGUGGGAAUCACAGAGAACUCUAUGCCCUGGGUGAAUCCAUCUUUGUGGAUAUUGUGGGUGCCAAUGGGGGAAAAAUGACUGGACAUUCACUUGUGAGCAUAUACACUUAUAUAAACUCAACAUACAUAAAUUAGUAUUUCGUGUCCGUAUGGUCUGUGAGCAUGGGCAAUGUUUGGUGUGCCUUGUGUGCUUGUCAAUCACGAGUCAGGGCUCACUGCUAAGACAAUAUUAAGAACGUGGAGACAGUGAGCAGACAGCUCUGCAGCAUAGUACUGUGUGUGACUAGCCAAGUUACUCUACAUAUAAAUUCUCUUCCUUAUAAAUAAAAGCAGCCACAGCUUGUUAGAGAGCCUACUGCCUCCUCCAGCUCUCUACUCACUGAGUGGCUACCAUGUGACCAUGUGACCAUGUGACCACGUGACCAUGUGCCAGGCACUGUGCUAGUCAUGGGAAACACAAACAAUAAAGAUAAAUUCCAAAGAUGAAUGUCAAGCCCUCGAUCACAUUCUGGUUGGCAGAAACGAGGCGGUGCAGCCUCUGGAGGGGAUGCAGUUAGCAGUUGGGCUGUGUGGUUGUGAUACAGUCUUAGGCCAGCUCCGCUCAGCCAGUGGUUUUUCCUUCUCCCUCACUCUAUUCUCUUGCUAUUCACAGGAGUCUGCCUGGAGAGGAACAGAGGCCAUUGGCCUUCCUGUGCUACUUGUACCUGAGGUUUACACUAAUAAAGUAUGGUGGACGGGG